UACGUGGCGGCGACCCUUCGACUGCCGCCCAAAAUCGGCGGAGUCCUGCUGGGCGUCUACGGGAAGCACGACAACAAGAAGUACCUGGAAGUGGCCGUCGUGGCCAAGAUCAACAAAGCGAGCGGAGAGCUGCACGCUAUCUUGGCCGAGCACGCCAAAGCGCUGAUUGGUCAAAUGGUCCUCUUCAAUCAGAUGCUGGGGGAACUGCGACAAGAUGUCAAGGAGCAGGUGAAAGAGAUGUCUCUGCUGAGGAACACCAUUUCGGAGUGUCAAGUUUGCGGUUUUCAGGAGCUGCGCUCCGGGUGCUCGCCCAACCCCUGCCACCCGGGCGUGGCCUGUGUGGACAGCCCGCAUUUUCCGGGUUUCGCCUGCGGGCCCUGCCCCCCCGGCACCCUCGGCAACGGGACGCAUUGCGACGACGUGGACGAGUGCAAGGCGCAGCCCUGCUUCCGACCGUCGGGUUGCGUCAACACCCGCGGCGGUUUCCGAUGCGCCCCGUGCCCGCCCGGCCUGCGGGGGGCGCCGCUCGCCGGGACCGGCCUGCACUACGCCGAGACGCACAAGCAGGUUUGCGUGGACGUGGACGAGUGCGCGGAGCUUCCCGACGCCUGCGUCCAAAACUCGGUCUGCGUCAACACGGUGGGUUCCUUCGAGUGCGGCCCGUGUAAAGCCGGUUACCUGGGCGACCAAAGCGUCGGCUGCUCUCCCCGCGAUUCCUGCGCCACCCUGACCUUCGACCCCUGCGAUGCGCACGCACACUGCCGCGCGGAGAGGAACGGCGUUCCGGUCUGCACGUGUAAUGUGGGCUGGGCGGGCAACGGCAACACCUGCAGCGUGGACAGCGACCUGGACGGUUACCCCGACCGUCAGCUGCCCUGUCUGGACAACAACAAGCACUGCAGACAGGACAACUGCGUGUGGACUCCCAACUCGGGUCAGGAGGACGCCGACGGGGACGGCAUCGGGGACCAAUGCGACGAUGACGCCGACGGCGACGGCAUCAAAAACGUUGAGGACAACUGCCGUCUGGUUCCCAACAAGGACCAGCGGAACUCGGACAGCGACUCCUUCGGCGACGCGUGCGACAACUGCCCCAACGUGCCCAACGGCGAGCAGACCGACACGGACGGGAACGGCCGCGGAGACGCCUGCGAUCUGGAUGUCGACGGAGACGGCAUCCCCAACGUGCUGGACAAUUGCGCCAAGGUUCCUAACCCCAUGCAAACGGACCGAGAUCGCGACGGCGUCGGAGACGCCUGUGACAGUUGUCCCGAACUCAGCAACCCGACUCAAACUGACAUGGACGACGACUUAGUGGGAGACAUUUGUGACACCAACCACGACACGGACGGCGACGGCCACCAGGACGACCGAGACAACUGCCCCCGCGUCCCCAACGCUUCUCAGCUGGACUCGGACAACGACGGCCUCGGGGACGACUGCGACCCGGACGACGACGAGGACGGCGUCCCCGACGUCCGGGACAACUGCAGGCUGGUGGCCAACCCUCACCAGCGAGACUCGGACCUGAACGGUGUGGGCGACGCCUGCGAGUCGGACUUUGACAACGACGCGGUCCCGGACAAUGCGGACGCGUGCCCCGAAAGCGCAGAGGUGACGCUGACCGACUUCCGGGCCUAUCAGACGGUGGUUUUGGACCCCGAGGGCGACGCCCAGAUCGACCCCAACUGGGUGGUCCUCAACCAGGGAAUGGAGAUCGUCCAGACGAUGAACAGCGACCCGGGUCUGGCCGUCGGCUACACGUCUUUCAACGGCGUGGACUUUGAGGGGACCUUCCACGUCAACACUGUGACGGACGACGACUACGCCGGCUUGGUCUUCUCCUAUCAGGACUCGUCGAGUUUCUACGCCGUCAUGUGGAAACAAACGCAGCAAGUCUACUGGCAGACGCGGCCGUUCAGCGCCACCGCCAGCCCCGCCUUACACCUCAAGGCGGUGAAGUCGAGCACCGGUCCGGGCGAGUAUUUGAGGAACGCCCUGUGGCACACGGGCGACACCGACGGCGAAGCCACGCUACUGUGGAAAGACCCCAGAAAUGUGGGCUGGAAGGAUAAAACCUCAUACCGCUGGCAGCUCAGUCACCGCCCGCAGGCCGGAUACAUCCGCGUUCGUCUGUUCGAAGGCUCCGAGGAGGUGGCCGACUCUGGCGCGGUGAUCGACGGCACCUUGAGGGGGGGCCGGCUGGGGGUCCUCUGCUUCUCUCAGGAAAACAUCAUCUGGUCCAAUCUGCGUUACCGCUGCAACGACACGCUUCCCGAAGACUUCUCCGGGCCUGGCCAGAAGGUGGUGCUGCACGUUCAGGUGUGA